AUGUCUCCUUCUUGUAAACUUUGUCACGGACCUCUCGCUUCUACCCCUGCUGCCAACGAAGUCCACUGUCAUGUCAACUGCCUCCCAUUCGCAUGUCCAGGUUGCGUAAAAUCCAAUAAAUCAUCAUUCACAAUCUUGAAUCUCAAAAAUCAUAUUUACGAUUAUCAUUGUUCGGAAUGUAUGGCUGAAGCUCCAAACAAACCUUUGACUUCAACCGUCAUCAAAGCACAUACCACUUCCGAUGGGCAUGCUAUCUAUUGA